AUGGCGCAAUACCUGUUACGCAGAGUACUCCUGAUCAUUCCCACGUCCUUCAUCGUCAGCGUCAUCGUGUUUUCGAUGAUUAGACUGAUACCCGGUGACAUCGUCGAUCAGAUGCUUGAAGACAGGGGCGGCAUUUACGGGAUCGACCACGAAGAGAUCAGAGAGCGGAUGGGCCUCAAUCGCCCAAUCUAUGUCCAAUACCUAAGUUGGGCCAGCAAUUUCAUUACGGGCGACUUUGGCUCAUCACUAUGGAAUAAGCGCUCCGGCCUCGAUGAGUUCAAGCGCCGUUUCCCUGUCACUUUCCAACUUGCCGUUAUGACCAUUGUCCUCGCCAGUGUGUGGGGUGUCUUCGUGGGGAUUGUUGCCGCGGUCCGCCAAGACACUGUGUUCGAUUUUCUGCUGAGAACGGUGUCCGUUAUCGGUUUGUCUAUUCCCUACUUCUGGUCCAGUACCCUGAUCAUUAUCUUCGGCUCGCUGUGGUUCAACUGGUCGUCGUCGGUCAUUUAUGUCCCGCCAUUUGGCGACAGGGCCCGAGUCUGGUGGGAUACAUGA